GUAACGGAGCGGCCGGAGCUGUGUGGAGGAGCAGGAUGGUGAGCGGCGGCCAAGGGGGGCCGCGGCCGCUUCCCUACACCGCCGCCGGGCCGGGGGAGCGGCCCCGAGCCCGCAGGUUCAGCGUGGGGCGGCUGCUUGGCGCGGUUCGCCCCGUUGCGGCGGCGGCCGCCGUCUUGGUCUUCCCCCGGGCAGCGCAUUCCCUCACCUCCGGCUACGUAGGGGAGUGAGAGCGCCUGGCUCUCCCCGGGUGGGAGCAGGCUGGGCUGUCUGUGCGGGGCAGCUCGGGCAUGCUGAGGGGUUGUUUCCUCAAAGCUGAACCUGAAAGAAAUCCCUGCUGGGCCUGUAAUGAUUUGCCAGACUUUGCAAGCACCCUGGAGCGGCAAAAAGGCUUUGUGCUGUUCUGUUAAGUAACUUGGGUUAAAACACUCUCUUUCCUCCUGAUGUGUGCAAAGUUGGUGUUAGUAUUAGGGGACCUUCACAUCCCACACCGGUGCAGUGGUCUACCGGUGAAGUUCAAGAAGCUGCUGGUUCCAGGAAAGAUUCAGCACAUCUUGUGUACAGGAAACCUCUGCACCAAGGAGAGCUAUGACUACCUCAGGACUCUGGCUGGGGACAUCCAUGUUGUUAGGGGGGACUCUGAGAGCCUGAAUUAUCCUGAAGAGAAGGUUGUAACUGUCGGGCAGUUCAGAAUCGGGCUGAUUCACGGCCAUCAAGUUAUUCCCUGGGGCGAUGCAGCCAGCCUGGCACUGCUGCAGAGGCAGCUGGAUGUGGACAUUCUCAUCUCGGGACACACGCACAGAUUUGAAGCAUUUGAACAUGAAAACAAAUUCUACAUCAACCCGGGAUCAGCUACAGGAGCCUACAGUGCUUUGGAAACGAACAUCAUCCCUUCGUUUGUGCUGAUGGACAUCCAGGCUUCCACAGUUGUGACUUAUGUAUACCAACUAAUUGAGGGUGAUGUGAAAGUAGAAAGAAUGGACUUCAAGAAGUACUGAAUGACGUUCAGGCCUGCUCGUUGGCUUCUCCCCGCCGUGCAUUCCUUCUCUCUCCGGUGAAGUCGAAGGGGAGGCAGGCCACGGGGGGGUGCUGCUGCUGCGGCGUGUUGGGCUGUAGAGCAGCCGCAUCGCUCUACUGCUCGUGAGCUUGUGAGAAAACGUUAGUCUUGGUUCCCAACCCGCAGGUGAAGCAGAAGCAACUGCUGAUUAAGAGGCCUGUGGAAAAUACCCUGUGUCUAAGGAGGAGCUGCUGUGUUCCUGGCCUAAGGGAAUCACAGAGGGUGGUGGUAGCUUGGCACCGAAGCUCUUCUGUAA